ACUUGUGAUUUACUUAAUAUAUUCGUGUCAUCCACAUGCAUACACACCACACACACACACGUAAAACUAACUGAGGUAUACGUGGAAUUAACUGAACGAGAGGAACCGCGUUAAAUGAAACGCGAAUUCUAAAAUACGAACGUGAUACGUCGCGUCGUGUGCAUUUCUUCGCAACUCGAGUGUGUUGCGCAUGCGACGAAACCCGCUUCCACGUCGAAACCACGGAGAGAUCUCGAGGGGACCAAGAGGGGGAGAAAAAAUGAGAAUCCUCGCGAAGAUUUGAUACAGUGGAAAAAAAAAAAAGAAAAGAGAAAGAGAGAAGAAUCCUUCGAAUGUUCGUAAAACCAUUGUCCGGCCGAAGAACGCUCGCCGUUUGUCCAUACGUUACUUGGGCGAAGAUUGCUUCCAAGAAGACGAAGCCUUUAGCGUCGGAGGUGUUGACGAGCUAUCUGGUUCAAUCGAAGGAGCCACCGUGGACUUCGUAUUUCGUGAGAUACGUCGAUGUGGUGAACGAUCAGAGGGGGAUGUCGCACUUCAAUUGGCCGGUGGGCAGCAGCAAUUACCACGUACUGAGAACCGGCUGCUUUCCAUACAUCAAGUAUCACUGCACCAAGAGGCCGCGGCAGGACCUCACCACCGAGGACAAAUUUUUCAAGGCGAUCAAGCUUUUGAACCUUGGUAUACCAACGUUAAUGUACGGACUGGCAGCGACUUUAUUGAUCAGGCAUAGAGAAAUCGUGAAAACAGCCAGAGGGGACGUGGUGAUCCAUUUCUUGCUGCCCGAGGACAAAGGAUCCAUGUAUUGAGAUAUACACGAUGAUAU